AGCUUGUGUUCCAAGGUAAGAGAAUCUGAAACGAAAAACUCAGGUCCCCUCACGAGCAGCCCGGCGCUGCUUUCAACCAGGAAGUUCAAGGGAGGCAGGGCUGUAAGGUCAAAACUGCAAAGCCGAAGCUCAAGACUGUAAAAAGAAAGUGGUCUUCAGAAAAAAGGAUUCACCCAAAUCGAAGAGGUUGUUGCACUUCUUUUCCCUGGUUGAUUACAUUUCCUGCCUGUAAACUUUGCUAAGCCCGGGGCGCUGGCUGUAAAAGCAGAGACAGGUGUAGGGAUACCUCCACCCUCUGGGUAUAUCUGCGGCCGCCGCUGCUGGGUGCAGGUGCACAGGACGAAGGGCCCUCGACCCAUUCCCAGUCCAAGCUUCCGAAGGACGCACCUGGCCCGGGGACGUCUCCCACGUGAAGGGGGCCAACCAAGCAUCCCCAGCCCCGGGGCCACCCAGUCUGCUCCGGCGGGAGGAGGCAGCGAAAAAGGGCAUCUCGGGGCCAGAACCUCGUGCCCGAUCCUCCGACUUUCCCCCCAUUUCCAGGAUAUCGUUUCGCCUCAGGGACACUCUUCACCACACCUUCUACCUCAAAGUCUUGCGCACCUACCCUUCCAGUCUCUCCAAAGCAAUUGAAUUAAAGCGCCUAUUGGCCUUGGCGGCGCAGAAGAUGUCAGAGUGGGAUCUGCUGUAGGCUCCCAGCAGCCCCCAGGAGUACCAAGUGAGAUACCUACUGGGUCCACUGUGUCCACUGUCCUUGGUAGCCCCGGAGGAUCAUGGGGCUUCUCUGUCAUCAAAGCAUGGUGCACUCUGAGGAAGUGUCUCACUAUCACGAGUGGAGAUGAUGGCGAAAAAGGAGAUCCAGGAGAAGAGGGAACGCAUGGAAAAGUGGGACCCAUGGGACCAAAAGGAAUUAAAGGAGAACUGGGUGAUAUAGGAGAUCAGGGCAAUAUUGGCAAGACUGGACCUAUCGGCAAGAAGGGUGACAAAGGAGAAAAAGGUUUGUUUGGAAAACCUGGAAAAAAAGGCAAAGCAGGUACUGUCUGUGAUUGUGGAAGAUACCGGACAUUUGUUGGACAACUGGAUAUUAGUAUCGCUCGGCUCAAGACAUCUAUGAAGUUUGUCAAAAAUGUCAUAGCAGGGAUUAGGGAAACUGAAGAGAAAUUCUACUACAUCGUGCAGGAAGAGAAGAACUACAGGGAAUCCCUAACCCACUGCAGGAUUCGGGGUGGAAUGCUAGCCAUGCCCAAGGAUGAAGCUGCCAACAUACUCAUCGCUGACUAUGUUGCCAAGAGUGGCUUCUUUCGGGUGUUCAUUGGCGUGAAUGACCUUGAAAGGGAGGGACAGUAUGUGUUCGCAGACAACACUCCACUGCAGAACUAUAGCAAUUGGAAUGAAGGGGAGCCCAGCGACCCCUCUGGUCAUGAGGACUGUGUGGAGAUGCUCAGCUCUGGCAGAUGGAAUGACACAGAGUGCCAUCUUACCAUGUACUUUGUCUGUGAGUUCAUCAAGAAGAAAAAGUAACUUCCCUUAUGCUAUAUAUUUGCCAUUUUCCUGUGACCAUCAUUACAUUUAUUUUUAUCUGUCCUUUUUUUUCCUAAUUAUACUACAUUUGAUCUGACUCUACAUAACUAGGGAAUGCUAAACUGAGGUGUGGAACCUCUAUCAUCAUGCUCUUUUGUGAUGAUUUUCAUAUUUUCACACAUGGUAUGUUAUUCACUCUGCAGCUCACUAGGUUACAUGGGUCUUAAGAGAGCAUUUUAAUUCCUAAUUGUACAGGACAUGUUUGGUUGUCUACAUAUCAGAUGAGUUGUGCUCUUGGUAUUUGCUCUACCAUCUCUCCCUAGAGAACUCUGUGUCUAGCCCAGUGGAUAAUUGUCCAGUUUGUUGGUGAUGAUUAGGAAGGUUGUUGAUGGCCAGGCUAACCUGCCUGCCCAAAGCCAAGCUGGUAGAAGGGCUUUCUGUGAAUAAUGAUAAGAUCCUUGAAUCCAGGAUGCCCAGAUCUUUUACCAGUCACACUCUAUGGCCAUUACCAUACUUGAAAGUUCUCCAUGUUGGCACAGACUUAGCAAUGCUUUAACACCAAACCUUUAUAUGUGCAACUUCUAGCUUUGUAUCUUGUUUCAGACCAUGGGAAUGAUGAAUACUCUUUUUAUGCUUCUGAUCUACAGACUUCAGUAGCAUAUACCAAGUAUGUGCUUUGGAACCCUUAGUGUAGGCCUUCACCUUAAUUUCAGGUCCCUACAUAUUCACAAACUGAUUUAAGAAAAAUGGAACUCUUAAAAUCAAAUAGAAAAAAUGGGGAAUUGUUCACAACAGUAUUAUUUAUAGUUAUCUUGCUAAAUUGCCCACUGCUAUUAACAUAACUUCAUUUUGAUUUAUCUUAGGUUUACCUGCAUGAGUUUUAUUCAUCUUAGGCAUGGGGAAUGAGGGAAGGAGUUUGUGAAGCCUUAAGAAAAUUCUGGAAGCUUCAAAGUGCUACCAACAUCAUCUCCAGGCCUCCUUCUCCUUGCCUCUAACCUAUCACUCAUGGUGACAUUUCAUAGGAGGUCUUUUAUUCUUCAUAAAUGUAUGUGGUAAAUAUCCUUCCACAGAUGUUCCUUCGAAUACUCUGGCAUCACAGAGACGUGUGAGGUACAGAAUUUGGAACAUGCCUAGAACUGGCAUUUACUGUGCUGAUAAAAUUCUACCUUAAACUGCAGAUCAAACCUCAAAGCAGCUUUCACUUGGAAUUUAAAAAUAAACAGUUCGAAGAUACUCUAGAUUAUCACCCUAUAAACUGCUGCUCCAGUUAUGGUUUGUGGCAUAUGAUUAGACUGUUUUAAAUGCUGGCAAAAUGGUUAAUGAAAUAAGAGAAACAGAUCAACAACAUAUGUUCACCUUAAACCAUCUGUUCAUGAUUUCACUCAUGACUAACUGGUUAUGAGAUAGGAUUUAAUUAGGUUAUUUCUGUGAGUUCAACAAAGGCCAUAAACUCAGAUCCUACAGGGGCCAGGCAGAUGACAUACAUAAAUGAAGUGGAACAGGUGGGGACCCUAGUGCACUGAGCACAUCUUACCCUUCCAAAGGAACCAGCUGCUCCUCAGUGGCUGCUAUUGGUGCUAGGGAGGACCCAAUCUUGCUACAUGUGCUGAUAUUCCAAGAGAAGUCAGAAAGCUGGGACUUUGUGACAUAUCCUCAUAUAUUAAAAUGCUGGCAGCGAAUUAAUUUUUAACCCAAAUUUUAAGUCAUAUUAAUGAAAGAUUAGAGGUCAAAAUUCUUCUAGCCAAAAUUGUGAUCAUUUUAUUUCUUACUUCUGAAGGAAGGUUUAGAAGUUUCUAACCAAAUAGAAUGUUCUUAGGAUAUGAUGACAUCAAAGUCAAGGUAUCCUAUUAAUACCUUAUUCAAUUCAGCUUAAUAAUAGGAAUGUGUUAUAUGUUUGGACAUUUAUCACAUUACUAGUUAAAUGCUUAUGAGAUGAUAGCACAUGAUAUUUUAAAGGCAGAAAAGUUGAAUAAAAAUUACAAAGCAGGAUCAUCAUAUCAAAGCCAGUAUCCUUGGAUAGAAAGCCAUUCCAGAUCAUGGGCAAUAAAAACCCAGAAACACCUGUAGGAAAAUAAAGCUCAUAUGUAAGAAGAGAGGAAGGAGAGACAUGUAGCAAAUGUUGCUGAUGGGCAGCUUCAUGUUAAAGAUCCAUGUUCUGAUUUUCUCUAAGUCCCCAAAGUAUGAGCAUUUAUUGUGUGUACUGUAGUUGCUAUUAUUACUUACUAUGAAUGUUAUAGUAAUAAUAGUUCUCUCAAUGACUCAUGUUUGCUGUGAUGCUUCCAAAAAAAAAUAAAUAAGAGAGCUUCAGCCAGUAAGGUGUAUCCUGUAACCUUGCCUGAAAGAAAUUUUGAAGACACCACACCAUUAAUUAAAAUUAUUAUGAAAACUCAAAUUUGAAGCACUUUGUGCUUAAUAAAAUGCCUUCACAUAUUAUUUUUUAUUUGAUUCUGAUAAACUCUGUGAAGGAUGGAAAACAAUCGAUUUUACUGCCACUUCCCAAUGGAAGUGUACUGAGGCCCAAGGAAGCUAAGCACUUUACCAAAAUCAGCUCACAUAUAAAAGAAAUCAAUGCCUUUAGCCUGCUGAUUGAAACUGCCAAUGCAGUGUCUUCUCCAAUCUCUGUGCAUUACUCAUGUAUUGAAUGGAAUUUCAUCCACAAUGAUCUUGUGAUAGCAGGGGCUCAAAUGACUACAUUCCAAAGUUAAAGGUGAGGAUUAAUUAACAGAGAUGAUGGGGAAUCAGAAACUUGCCUUAUAAAUUUAGUGUUCACUGGUUUGUUUUUUAAUCCACAAAUGUCCACAUAAGCCAUUAGUGUUGAGGAGGUAAAUUUCAGCAGCCAUAGUACAAUUCUGCAGAUAACUACAGAUAUAGGGCAAUCAAAUCAGAUACAUAAAAAUCAAGAUUUGACCCAAAUAAGAAUGAGUAAAUAAUUAUUUUCCUCAUAAAAGAAUUCACUAGAGAAGUGAGUUACUGCUCAAACACAGUAGAAAAGUGUACACCCUUAUUAAAGAAAGACAUCACAAGUGUUGAUUGCACUUUGGACAACUCACCCACAAACACUGCCGGCAUUUUAAAAAUGCAUUUCAUCUUCUUAGAUCUGUGUUACUCAAAUAUGAGCAGCUCUAAUUGUCAUUAAUCGAACUAUUUCCAGCUCUCUGGAUUGCAUACUUUGAGGUAACAUGAUUCUUACGGAAUAGGAAAAGUAAGCUACACAGCAUCACUCCCAACAUCAUCAUAUUGAGACUAAAUUUUCUCGGGUAUUAUCAAUGAUAGGAAAAUGACAGUGUGAUUCCAUCCAGGGUAGCACUGGUUUGACAGCAUCACUUAGAAAUUAAAAAUCUAGAUCUGCUAUCACAACUGCCCAAAGGCCACACCAACUGUGCUUCUUACUAGCCAUAUUAGGAGAAUAUCUUAAGUGCUCUAAACCUUGCUUUUCUAUCUAUAUAGUUCUUCCUCUCAUAAUGUUGUGACAAAUAAAAGUAGCAAUGCAAUGAGGAAUUUAGCAGAGUACCAGUUAAAUAAGCUAUAUGAAUGCAAAGACACUUAGCCAUUAGUACCAACUGCAUCUACUACCAGACGCAUGUUGAAGAGAAACAAAACAUAUUUUAAGACAUAGUAAAAUUUACCUAUGUGAAUAUAUGUCUAUCAUAUGUAUACUAUACACACAGCAUAUAUAUGCUGUAUGUGUAUACUAAAUGUGUGUGUGUGUGCAUGUACAGCAAGGUAAAUUUUUUUCAACUUAUUCAACAGAUAUUUUUCUCUGGGAAGGUAAAUAAAUUUGCCAAAAGUUGUACUGCUUGUUGGAAUUAGAGCUGAGGUCCAGCACUGGAUAUGAUUGUUUCUAAAACUGUACUUUUAAAAAUAGGAUCCAGUUUAUUGUAACUAUGGUGAUCACAUUAACUAUUUUUUAACUUGAAAUCAGUAACUUGUAUCUCUUUGAGGUUAUAAGGUCUUCAUAAUAUAGACAAAUCCUUUAAAAUUCAUGGGGAAAAUCUGACAUAUCCUUUCACAUGGGGUUGAAGAAAAGGAGCCACUGGCCACAGAUAUAAAGGUGUAUGUGGUCCUUUUUACGAACAUAGGACUUUUUUUUUUUUUUUUUUUUUUGAGAUGGAGUUUCACUCUUUUUCCCAGUUGCUGGAGUGCAAUGGCGCGAUCUCGGCUCACCGCAACCUCUGCCUCCUGGGUUCAGGCAAUUCUUCUGCCUCAGCCUCCCAAGUAGCUGGGACUACAGGCAUGCGCCACCAUGCCCAGCUAAUUUUUGUAUUUUUAGUAAAGAUGGGGUUUCACCAUGUUGACCAGGAUGGUCUCGAUCUCUUGACCUCAUGAUCACCCGUCUCGGCCUCCCAAAGUGCUGGGAUUAGAGGCGUGAGCCACCGCGCCUGGCCGAACAUAGGACUUUAUUUUACUGUUCCCCUAAUACAUGGUCAUGCAGUUCAUAUUUGAACAUUUUGGUAAUCUGGUAAGAUUAUUAAUUUUUUUUUAAGUGGAGUCUCACGCUCUCACCCAGGGUGGAGUGCAGUGGUGUGAUUCCAGCUCACUGCACUCCGCCUCCUGGGUUCAAGCAAUUCUCCUGCCUCAGCCUCCUGAGUAGCUGGGGCUACAGGCAUGUGCCACCAAACCCGGCUAAUUUUUUGUAUUUUUAGCAGAGGUGGGAUUUCACCAUGUUGGCCAGAAUGGUUUUGAUCUCCUGACCUCAUGAUCCUCCUGCUUCAGCCUCCCAAAGUUUUAGGAUUACAGGCAUGAGCCACCAUGCCUGGCCAGUUUUUUCUUAUAGUGACCUAAAAUACACUUUUCUCUAAUUUCUACCCUUUGUCCCUGUCCUUCCUUCUGCUGUUUAUAACUCCGGGAAAUUUGACCCUGGCACAAGCUGGAGCACCAAGAGCAUACUCUUAAAGAAAAGACAAAUAGGAAAGGGAAUAACUGUCCUCACUAUAGACACAAAGGUGAAUAAAUAGGACUACAUAAACCUCAAGACCUAGGUCAUAUGUUCCAUACUCAAUAAAUUUAAAUUUUGUUGGUGAAGCACAACAGAGACAAAUGUGGAGAAUAAAUUGUAUUCAAAGCCAACUGUAACAUCUCAAAUGUAACUAAUCUAUUAGGAGAUGGUACAUGGUAGACAGGGUUCAACCCUCAGAGGAGGAAGCCUUUAAAAGGGAGAUGGUUGGUAAGGCCCCAUAAAGAGGGUUCAGAGCAGAUGCCCAGUGCCAGUGGGAAAAUGAAGUCAAAAUCAGAGCUCAAAUGCAUGACACCUACAUAGUAAACAAUUAGAAAGGCUAUAGCUUACAUGAAGAGUGGUUUGUUAACUCAUUAAUUCAUCAAAAAUAUUUAUGGAAUAUCUAAUAUGUUUUAUGCAGCACCCUGAUGAGGGGUGGAGACAUGGUAGAGAGGAGGACAGAUCGGAUCGUCAGCCUUCAGACUCACUGAAUAUCAAGCCUAUGGCACUGAGGCUCGAGAUUUUACUUAUUGUGAGGAUUACAUAAAUCUAUCCUAUUUUUACACCUAUGUUAUGUUGCAGUGUAAUAGAUCUCCAAAAAUAUACUGAAAUAAAUUAGGCAAAAGAAUUUUUGUAGAAGAACUGCAUCACCCUUUCUUCAAGUAUAACGUUUACACAUCUGCUCAAAUACAUUAACAUGCUCAUUUUGGCUUGCUCAUUAUGAUAUGAACAAGAUGUUCCCAUGUUAAUGUAAAUACUCACCCACACCAUCUCCUCACAAGAUAGAAUGCAUCCUUGUGGUUGUGCAUGAAUGAGCUUUGGCAAGUGGCAAAUGUUCUUUUGCCUUAGUUUUCUCUGGUGACUUAUACCUGACAUUCAGUGAAACUCACAUUUGCCAUAGAUUAUCACUUUCAUAAUAAAAUAAGGAGGCUUAGGGAGAAAGGGAGAAGUGAGUCUGUCAUUGUAUAAUGUAUUAAAAUGUGAGCACAGCAAUUCCAAAUUAAUCACCAUGUUGAUGACUGCAGUUGGGAGAUAAUGCAGACAAAUGGGUGUUACACAAUUUUAAAGCUAUAUAGCCCUUUAACAUACAUUUUUUAUUUUAGAACCAUUAAACUGAUGAAUUUAUCAAUGUUAA